GGAGCGCGGGGGGGGCGGCUCUGGGAGAAGAUGAAGGCGGCGGCCAUGUUGGGAGCUUCAGGGCGCUUUUGGUGCGGGGUGUGCUGAGGGAGUCUGCGCAGGGAGAGCCGUCGCUGGGGGAUCGGCGGAAGGUCGGCCUCGUAGCGGGAGGAGUAGAGCGCCUACUACGACUCUGAGGCGGGCUUGCUUAGUCGUUUGUGCUCGGCUUCAGGAGCGCUCGGCAGAGGAGGAGGAGGAGGAGGAGGAGGAGGAGGAGGAGGAGGAGGGGGUGUCCCUUACCGAGGAGCCAGCACCAUGAGCGGGGGGACGCCCUACAUCGGGAGCAAGAUCAGCCUGAUCUCCAAGGCCGAGAUCCGCUAUGAAGGGAUCUUGUACACCAUCGACACUGAAAACUCUACUGUGGCGCUGGCUAAGGUUCGCUCCUUUGGUACAGAAGAUAGACCAACUGAUAGGCCUAUACCACCUCGUGAUGAAGUCUUUGAGUAUAUUAUAUUCCGUGGCAGUGACAUUAAAGACCUAACUGUCUGUGAGCCACCAAAGCCUCAGUGUUCUUUGCCGCAGGACCCUGCUAUUGUUCAGUCUUCACUAGGAUCUUCAACUACAUCUUCAUUCCAGUCUGUGGGCUCCUAUGGUCCUUUUGGCAGAAUGCCUGCAUACAGUCAGUUUAGUCCAAGCCCACUGGUGGGGCAGCAGUUUGGCGCUGUUGGAGUUGCAGGAGGUUCUUUGACAUCUUUUGGAACGGACUCUUCAGCCAGUGCUAGUAUGUCCCAAAGCACUGCAGUUGGUUCUGCGUUUACAACAGAUGCAAGAUCACUAAAAACACAGAUGUCUCAAGGUCGUUCAAGCCCUCAGAUAGAUCAUUUGAGAAGGAGCCCCACUAUGGAACAAGCAGUACAAACAGCUUCAGCCCACCUGCCCACUCCGGCACCAGUUGGGAGGAGGAGUCCAGUACCAGCCAGACCUUUGGUGUCUGCUACCCAAAAAUCGUUAGAGAAUCAAGAGCACAGACGAGCUGAAGCACACAAGGUUUCAAGAUCAGAAAAUGAACUCAGAAAUGAAAACAAACGACAAAUUGUUCCAGGUGGACCUUCAGCACGGAGAGGCCGGGGAGGUCACAGAGGAGGCCGAGGAAGAUUUGGAAUUAGGAGGGAUGGUCCAAUGAAGUUUGAGAAGGACUUUGACUUUGAAAGUGCAAAUGCACAAUUCAACAAGGAGGAAAUUGAUAGAGAAUUUCAUAAUAAACUUAAACUAAAAGAAGAUAAACUUGAGAAACCAGAGAAGCCUGUAAAUGGAGAAGACAAAGGUGACUCAGGAGUUGAUACCCAAAAUAGCGAAGGGAAUGCAGAUGAGGAAGAUCCACUUGGACCUAACUGCUACUAUGACAAAACCAAAUCCUUCUUUGAUAACAUCUCCUGUGAUGACAAUAGAGAACGGCGACCCACCUGGGCUGAGGAGAGAAGAUUAAAUGCUGAGACCUUUGGAAUACCACUGCGUCCCAAUCGUGGCCGUGGAGGGUACAGAGGCAGAGGGGGGAUUGGCUUCCGAGGUGGAAGAGGGCGAGGAGGUGGAAGAGGUGGCUUCACUACCCCCCGAGGAUUUCGUGGUGGAUUCAGAGGAGGUCGUGGAGGCAGGGAGUUUGCUGACUUUGAAUAUAGGAAAGACAACAAAGUUGCUGCAUAGUCUACAAGAAAGCUGAAACCGGGUGAACGUCUAGAUCUUCUUGAUCCAGAGAAUUAGUUUCAGUCUCUGCAAAGAAUGAAGUUAAUUUGCUGUAUACUUGUCACCAGCACUGGGAUUUAACUAUUUAAUUUCAAAGGGGUGUAAUGCAGUUACUUUUGAAAAAUGGCCAUCUUUGAAAACAGUGAGCAUUAAAUAUAUUUGAGACAGAAGGAUAAGUAAUUUCUUAUGUAUAGUUAAUUAUAAAGCAGUACUUCGAUGGAGUUUAAGUAUUUUUUCAUCACUGAAAGGAUUUUUCUUAUUACUAAACUGUAUUUGAUAAUUGCUUCAAGUUGUAAGGACAAUUGUAUGCAGAAGGCCGUCGAUACUGUGAGUGUUUUGAUCCACUGAAGGUUGUUUUUUGGAAAUCCUGUAAUAUCCCUUUUGAGAUAGUUGUACUUUUAUCAACUAGGGUGCUGGACAGUAGGAAAACUUGCUUUGUCAGACAAAUAUGUACACACAGUAAAUACUGUUUCUUAGGCAAAGGAAACUUUUUAUAUAGUUGUAAAAUUCCAUUAUAUCCCAUUGCCAAAGAAACAUUACAGACUUUGUAUAGCUGUAUAAAAA